CAGCCAUGACUAGUAGUGCCAACAGCUGAGGUUUUCGGUGGCAGAAUCUCUUUAUACGAGGAGGACGAUGAAAGAGGAUUGGUGGUCCAGUGUUCCUGAUCUAAAGUUAUAUGAGUAUCAAUACUCUUGUGGAUACAUGAGAACUAACUUACCUGAUGGAAAUAUAUUCCUUCCCCUUCCCAAGAUACUAAGCGCUCCUAUGAGCAAAGCGACAAACUUUGCAGUAUCGCCAAGGAUCCCAGUCAUCACUAUCACUAGGAGAUGAAAUACUCAAACAAGUUCGACUUUCCCAGGAUCUGCAAGAUGUCCUCAUCCUUCCGACUCAUCCCUGUCACCGACGCUCGGGCAUACGGAAAGCGAGGAAUGGCACCGCCGUUAUAACAAUGGUCGAACGCCUUCAAUUAUCGCUCCAUCGCUCAGAUCCAACACGGUCUUUGCAAGUAUGCAGGCCGUUGUCUUCAAAGGACUUUUCGAGGUUGCUCUCGAGGAGCGUCCCAUUCCUCAGAUCCAGGAUCCCACCGACGUGAUCGUCAAAGUACGCUACACGGCACUAUGUGGGAGUGAACUCCACGUCUUCCGCGGUCACCAGCCGUCCACGACCGGUUUCAUCAUGGGUCACGAAUUCACCGGAGAAAUUGUCGAAACUGGCUCAGAAGUCCACAAUUUCCAUACGGGCGACCUAAUCGUCUCACCAUUUACCGUGAGCUGCGGGGAAUGCUUCUACUGCGUGCGGGGCUGUUCGUCUCGCUGUGCUAAAUGCCUACUCUACGGCUGUCCUAUCCUUGACGGCGGACAGGCGGAUUACGUCCGUGUCCCGUUGGCAGACUCGACGCUGGUCGCUGCACCGAAGGACAUUGAUGAGAAGAAACUUGUCCUGAUGGCGGAUAUAUUUCCGACUGGGUAUUAUGCCGCUAACAAUGCAUUUAAGGGUAUGAAUGACGCCACAGUGCAGGAGAGUACAGUGAUCCUGUUUGGGUGUGGGCCGGUAGGGAUCUGUGCUUUGAUCAGUGCACUGGAGUAUCGGCCGAAGCAUCUUAUUGCGAUCGAUAGUGUCCCGGAUCGAUUGGACUUGGCGGGACGGCUGGGUGCUGAGCCGUGGAAUUUCCAGACGCAGGCAGAUGGGCUAAGGGAGAGGGUGAAGGAGUUGACCGAGGGGAGAGGAGCUGAUGUGGCGAUUGAGGUGGUGGGACAUAGUAGUGCCUUGGCUAUGGCGUUUGAGAUGUUACGGCCUUGGGGACGGAUUUCGAGUGUGGGAGUGCAUAAUGGCGAGAUUCCGUGGACGGGCUUUCAGGCUUUCAGCAAGAACCUCCAGAUUGAGAUGGGGCGGUGUCCGGUCCGGAGCACUUUUGAGGAUGCACUGAAGCUGUUGGUUCAGAAGCAGGAUACUCUCGAUUUCAUGGUGACUGACGUGCGACCACUCUCGACUGCUGUCACAGCAUACGACGAUUUCAACCAUAUGCGAUCACAGAAGAUAAUUUUCGAGGGCGGAAAGUAAGCGUUUCUUAGCGGUUAGGAGUGUGUGGUGGCGGUUGUUGAAUUAUGCAGGAGAGUGGUUUGCAUCGCAUGCGUGUCUCAUAUCACCAUUACUAUUACGAUUAGCAGUCAAUCUCAUAUUGCACGUCCAUGGUUAUAGCUACCAGAUGCAGCAUGACAAUACAUC